AAUGGCUUAGAACAAUAAGGGUGCUGACAAAGUCGAGUUUAUGGGUAUGUAGAUGCCUGCGCAAUCUCGUGGAGUACAAUAACUACCUCAAACGGAUGAUCGAGCGCGGCCCUGUGAAGACUGAGACAAUGGCAACACUGGAGAAAUUCGAGCAUGGCAUGGGCUUGACAUUGAAAAAUGCGUGGCUUCAUGCCGAGGCAGUGCAGACCACCGACCUUCCGCUUCUGAUUGAAUACAUUCACGAUAUUUUAAUCUAUUGCCUCGAGCGCCCAGACUAUCUGCCGAACAAGAAGAUGGACAACUGCCAAGAAGUCACAGUCAUUCACUUUCUGCUCGGAUUAUGCAGACAGCUAGACUCGAUCGAUGAAUCACGAGUCAUGCCGUUGCUGGCGGAGAAGCGUAUUUUUGCGCUACUGGCAAUGCAUUUAAGCGCACACAUCAACCUCUUGAACGCGGCAGACGUCGGUGUUGGUGCCGAAGUGCUUGCACUAAUCUGCAGUACAGAAGACUUUGACUCACACGAUGACUAUUACGUGGAUUCGCCCGAAGCCGAGUCCGCACUCCUUUCCUUUUACGACGACUACCUCGAGGAGGCAACAGAAGACCUCGACACGCGCAAACGAUUGCGCCCACUGCUUGACGCGGCCGCACCCGUUUGCAGCUACUGUCCGACUGCUAUGAUCUCUGCUGCCAAUGAGAACAGCAGCAGCACAUAUGAGCCGACGGUGUACACGUUGCUGCUGACAGGCAUGUGUCUGCUGCUAGCGCUCUUCCUGCUGACGCGGCUGCUGGUGGCGCUACGCAAUAAGAACAAGCUGCUGGCCUGGUCUACGGGGUUUUACGUGUUGUGUCUGCUCUGGACGGGUGUGCGUGCCGCCUACUGGAUCAUCAUGUCGGCGCAGUCUAGUAUGCGCUACCUGACGCUCUACCUGCUCUACUGGUCACCCACGCCCAUCCAGUUCGCCAACUUCUCGCUGCUCAUCCUGUUCUACAUGCAGGUGCUCACUGGUCAAGAGUGGCGCUCUAAGUGGCGCAAUGUCUGUCUCCCACUCUAUCUACUACUCACCAUGACCAUGGCCACGUUCACGGUAGUUUGGGCGUUCAAUUCGUCCAAUGACAUAUCCAAGGCAGCGCAGCAAGGAGAUGAAUACGACCAGGAAUUCUCUAGAGUAUCGGACGUCAGUGUACAGCUGAAGUACUCGGCGUUCUCCUUCUUCCUGCUGAGUGUGCUGUUCGGCUUCUUCGGCUGGAAAAUGGCCAACGUGGAAAGCUGGAAGCGAAGGCGACUGCUGAUUUCAAGGCCACGAAGUCUGGCAGUGAUCAAUUCGCUGUUAUGUUUCAUCUUUUUUACAAGAGGAAUUCGGGAUCUGGCAACGUCUCAAAGCUGGUUCCUGAGCAUUUGGAACAACCUAGACAUGAACGGCCGCGUGACCACAGUCGCCUACUUUGUGUUCUUCUGUUUCUGGGAGUUCCUACCUACAAUACUAUUGCUCUGCUUGAUUUCAUCGAAAGCUGGUGGGGUUGGAGCACCAAAGCAUGGGCCAGCGUCCCAAAAGUUACCUGAUUACGGUAUUUUCCACAUCAUUAACACUGGUGAGGGCAAGCUUCUGGCUGCAAGUCCGCUUGGAACAAGCGCCUAUAGCUCCUAUGGAACGCGAACCGAAGGCUCAGUUGGAUUUGAGCAAGAACCCGAGCGUGAGCGCCCGCGAUGGACACAUGGGGGUGAUCUCUUUCAAGAUCCGUUGCGCUAUGACUCGGACGAUGGACCGAUGCCGUCACCACGUCAUUUAUCGGAUAGUUACAAUAGCGACGCAAGUAACAGCAACUGCUACUACGAUCGAGUACCAGGUCAUUCAAUGAGAACUUAA